AUGGUCAAGAUUGCAGUGGAUACGUGCAAGGAUCUGGAUCGACAGUGUUUUGAUAUUGUUGCGCAUGACGGCAGCGAAUGCUUGAAGUCGCCGUUUGUUAAGAAAAACUGCCCACGAACAUGUGUCGCGUGUGGAAGCAUCGAGAAAAGUAAUUCACUUUAUCACGAUAUACCAUUCAUAUUGCAGCUCUGCAUCGUCGUUAGCCUAACUUUUCGCUUUCUCGCUUUUCUUGUUCCCUUCCUUCUCUCCCUCUAA